AAAUAAAAUAGAAAGGCACUUUACGCGUGUCGCGUCCUGUCGUUACGCGCCCUGCCUCCCUUUUUUGACUGUACUAACGUUUAGACCAACUUGAGGAAGGGUCUCCAGUCUCCCCCCCACUAUCGCCAGGAUUCAAUCAAUGGAUGAAUGCAUCUCUAGGCAAUACUCAUACUCGUACUCAUACUCACACUCGUAGCGCGCAACUCGAGUCCUCUAUGCAGGUGUUCUGUGUAAAUUGCCAAUCUUCCUCAACCACAAUAUACCCGCGCAUUUGAGGCAUUAUGGACAGUUUUAUGCUUCGUGAUGAAGCUGCAAAGGAGCGCAUUCGCCUGGCCGAAGAAUUCCUCGAUCCUCAUGAUCAACAUGCACGAAGCUACCGGUCCGAUAUCGUCUUGAUGCUCCAGAAGAACCAAAGGAGACUGGUUGUCAAUGUUGAUCAUGUGCGCGACCACAACCCAGAGCUGGCUGAGGGGCUUCUCUUCGACCCUUUCGAUUACUCACUCGCCUUCAACCACGCCCUCAAGGAGAUCGUCAAGACGGUAAACGGCGUGCGGCCCGACCAAGUAGAUCCGGAUGUCCUAUACUACUGCGCCUUUGCCGGCAGCUUCGGCUUGAACGCUUGCAACCCCCGAACCCUCUCGUCCCAUCACCUGAACCACAUGGUCUCCAUUGAGGGCAUUGUGACCAGGACAUCCCUCAUCAGGCCCAAAGUCGUCAAGAGUGUGCAUUACAACGAGAAAAAGAACAUCUUCCACUUCCGCGAGUAUCGCGAUCAGACCAUGACCAAUGGACAGACAACGUCCAGCGUGUAUCCCCAAGAGGACGACGAUGGCAAUCCUAUCAUCACCGAGUAUGGUUUCUGCACAUAUAGAGAUCACCAGACAAUCUCCAUCCAGGAGAUGCCAGAGAGGGCUCCCGCUGGUCAACUUCCCCGCGGCGUGGACGUCAUCCUGGAUGACGACCUGGUGGACAAGGUCAAGCCUGGUGACAGAAUCCAGCUGGUUGGCAUCUUCCGAACUCUCGGUAAUCGAAAUACCAACCACAACAGUGCACUUUUCAAGACGGUUGUGCUGGCCAACAACGUCGUUUUGCUUUCCUCCAAAGCUGGCGCGGGCGUCGCUUCCGCCAUCAUCACAGACACAGAUAUCCGGAAUAUCAACAAGAUUGCCAAAAAGAAGAACCUUUUCGAGCUACUGUCGCAAUCUCUGGCACCCAGCAUCUACGGCCACGACCACAUCAAGAAGGCGAUCUUACUUAUGCUCCUUGGUGGUAUGGAGAAGAACCUGGAGAAUGGCACACAUUUGAGGGGAGACAUCAACAUUCUCAUGGUUGGUGACCCUUCCACGGCCAAGUCUCAACUUCUCCGAUUCGUUCUGAACACGGCGCCUCUCGCCAUUGCCACCACUGGUCGAGGUUCUUCCGGUGUCGGCUUGACGGCCGCUGUCACGUCAGACAAAGAAACCGGUGAGCGAAGGCUUGAAGCAGGUGCUAUGGUCAUGGCAGAUCGCGGUGUAGUAUGUAUUGAUGAAUUCGACAAAAUGUCAGACAUCGACAGAGUCGCAAUUCACGAAGUCAUGGAGCAGCAGACUGUCACCAUUGCCAAGGCUGGUAUUCAUACGUCACUGAAUGCUCGUUGCAGUGUCAUUGCAGCCGCCAAUCCCAUUUUUGGCCAGUACGACACACACAAAGAUCCUCACAAGAAUAUCGCACUGCCAGACUCGCUCUUGUCGCGUUUCGAUCUUCUCUUCAUCGUCACAGAUGAUAUCGAGGAUACAAGAGAUAGGCAAAUUUCCGAGCACGUUUUACGUAUGCAUCGUUAUCGCCAACCUGGUACCGAUGAAGGUGCGCCUGUGCGCGAGAAUGUCUCACAGGCACUUGGCGUCGCCCUUCAGAGCCAGAACGACACCCAAAAGCCAACUGAUGUUUACGAAAAGUUCGAUGCCAUGCUGCAUGCCGGUGUUACUCUAACUACUGGCCGCGGUGCGAACAAGCGUCAUGAGGUACUGAGCAUUCCUUUCAUGAAAAAAUACAUCCAGUACGCCAAGACGAGGAUAAAGCCUGUCCUCACGCAAGAGGCUUCUGACCGCAUUGCGGACAUCUACGUGGGUCUACGUAACGACGAGCUCGAGGGCAAUCAACGCCGAACCUCGCCGUUGACCGUCCGUUCUCUCGAAACCAUUAUUCGACUGGCAACAGCACAUGCAAAGGCACGCUUAUCGAAUCGUGUUGAGGAACGUGAUACCACAGCAGCUGAGGGUAUCCUUCGGUUCGCUUUGUUCAAGGAGGUUCUGGAGGAUGAAUCGAAGAGGAAGCGGAGGCGGACGAGAGCUGUGGAGUCCGGUUCUUCUAGCGAAGAGAGUUCAGAUGACGACGAUAGCGGCGACGGUACCGUUGGGGCCUCAGCAGCCCGCUCAAGUGCGGCUCGUUCCGCCCGUGCUUCUGCUCGAGGUCAGCCAAACGGCCGCCGUGCUGCUACGAAGGGGACAAGCGGCACCAACGGACCGAGCUCGCCUGCUCCCGUCGAAGAGGUUGAAGACGAUUUGUACGAUGUCACUCCUCGUCGCAGCCGCACCACAGCUGGCAGAUCCAGCACCGCCGGUCCAUCACAAUCACAAGCUACGUCGUUCGCUUCUUCGGUACCGUCGUCGCAGUUACAAUCACAAGAAGAUUCGCAAGAAGAUGCAGAGUUGGCGUCCGGUACUGCCGGUCUUGACAUCGGCGGUCCCAUCAGCAACGAGAGACUGGGUACAUUCCGAACGUCUCUCGGUCAGCUUCUGAGCACAGAUUUGUUCGACGAUGAUUCCGCAGACGUGGAUGCUGUCAUUACUGCCGUCAAUGGGCGUGUUGGUCGCGGGAGUGGCGGCGCCUUCAGCCGCGACGAAGCUGUGAAGGCACUCAAACGCAUGGACGCUGCAAACCAGAUUAUGUACACGGAUGGUGAUUUGGUAUAUAAAAUUUGAUGGGGCAAAUAUUGGAACUUGUGCUUCCGGAGCUUGUAUGUAGUCAGAUACCUUACCUAUUGGAGUGGCGUUUGUUGUGGUACUUGUCGGGGAUAUCCAAUCACGACAGCUUGCGGCCCGUUAUGGAGGGGCACAUACACACACACGCACGCACACACCACACAUAAUGAGAUGAAUGUUUGAACUUAGGACUAAGUUACUGGC